CACACGCGCGCACACACACACACGCACGCACACAUGCACACCACACCUGGCCAGUAGCUAACAUGGACGCUGCUUAUAAGAAAAUCAACGGAAACUACGCCCAGGAUGUGGAUGCAGACAACCAGGAGACCGGGACGAGGAGGCGGGGCUCCAUGUACCUGGAGGAGGAGACCAACAAGAAGUCUGAAGUGAUCACCUGCAUUUUCUCCCUGAAGGAGGAGGUGGGAGCGUUGGUCAAAGCGCUGCGACUUUUUGAGGACAAGGGCAUCAAUCUCAUGCACAUCGAGUCGCGUCCCUCACGCAUCAGCAAGGAGCAGUACGAGUUCUUCAUCAGCGUGGACCCCGCCUACUCCCAGGCCCUGGACGAGGUCAUCGACUGCCUGCGAACGCAGAUCAGCGGCCACGUGCACGAGCUGUCACGCAACAAACAGAAGGACACCGUGCCCUGGUUUCCUAACGACAUCCAGGACUUGGACCGCUUCGCCAACCAGAUCCUCAGUUACGGCUCGGAGCUGGAAUCGGAUCACCCAGGCUUCACAGACCCGGUGUACCGUGCCCGCAGAAAGGAGUUUGCUGACAUCGCCUACAACUACAGACACGGCCACCCCAUACCACGGGUGGAGUACACAGAGGAGGAGAGGGCCACCUGGGGCACCGUGUUCAAGGAGCUAAAGACCCUGUACCCGACUCACGCCUGCCGGGAGCACAACCGAGUCUUCCCCCUGCUAGAAAAGUACUGCGGCUACAGGCAGGACAACAUCCCGCAGCUGGAGGACGUAUCCCGCUUCUUGCAGUCCUGUAGUGGUUUCCGACUUCGCCCAGUGGCCGGCCUGCUUUCCUCCCGGGAUUUCCUAGCCGGACUCGCUUUCCGUGUCUUCCAUUCCACGCAGUACAUCCGCCACGGCUCCAAGCCUACGUACACCCCUGAGCCGGAUAUCUGUCAUGAACUCCUGGGACAUGUCCCUCUUUUUGCAGAUCCAGGUUUUGCCCAGUUCUCACAAGAGAUUGGUCUGGCUUCCCUCGGCGCCCCUGACGAGUACAUUGAGAAACUUGCCACGGUCUACUGGUUCACUGUGGAGUUUGGUCUGUGCAAGCAGGGCUCUGAGACCAGAGCUUUUGGAGCAGGCUUGUUGUCCUCGUUCGGAGAGCUGCAGUACUGCCUGACUGACAAACCCCAACUGCUGCCCUUCGACCCGGAGAAGACCAGCCUCCAAAAGUACCCAAUCACAGAGUUCCAGCCCAUCUACUUUGUGGCCGAGAGCUUUGAUGACGCCAAAGAGAAAGUCAGGAAGUUUGCCGGCACCAUUCCGCGGCCGUUCUCGGUGCGCUACAACCCUUACACUCAGAGUGUGGAGGUGCUGGACAACACCCAGCAGCUCAGGAACCUGGCCGACAGCAUCAACAGUGAAAUGGGGAAAUUGUGCGAAGCCAUGCGGAAACUGGAGUGACUUCGCCACGGCUCCCGAGCGGCCUGAAGCUUGUUAUACUUGCAUGUCAGCUAAAGAAUAUUCUCUUUGUGAAUCAUCUAUAUCAGGGGUGUCAAACUUGUUUUCACUGAGGGCCACAUUGCGGUUACAGCUGCUCUUCAAGGGCCACUUGUUACAGUGAAUAUAUAUAUCACUAUAUAUCAAUCAAUCAAUCAAAGUUUAUUUAUACAGCCCUAAAUCACAAGUGUCUCAAAGGGCUGCACAAGCCACAACGAUAAUCCAUGCAUGAAUUUUGUUAUUGUAUAAUCUAAUGAUAUUAUUACACAAUUCCAUGUGCAUUUGUUCUGUACAAACUGAUGGAUACUUGCUAUUGAAAUCGGGGUGACAUUUUUUUUUUUAUUCUCACAAAUUUUUGUCCAAACUUUUUCACCAAGGGCCGCAUCCUAAAAAAUUGAAGACUGUGGGGGCCAUUUUGAUACCUUUUUUAUUUUAUAAAAAGAAACGCUAAAAACAGUUAUGACAUAUUUAAAGACAAAGCUUAGUGUCAGCUUUGUGUUAUAGCAGAGGUGUCCAAAGUGCGGCCCGGGGGCCAUUUGCGGCCCGCAGCUAAUCGUUCACCGGCCCCCCACACAUUCUGCAAAAAUUGCAAAAUUGAUAGUAUUGCAAAAAUUAAAAAAAAACAUUCCUAAAAAAGUGGAAUGAGGUGAAAUCUAACGAGAAAAAGUUGCAAUGUUGACACAAAGCCGCCAUGCAGGCUGUUUUUUUUUUCUUUUGUCUUUGUUUAUUUUUAAUUUUUUUCCAUUGCUCGAGAAAAAAGAAGAAGAAAAAAGACAAAAAAAUCUAUGUUACAAUGAAUUAUUACUUAAAAAAAAUGUCACUUUAAAAUGUUUUAUGUGGAAAAAAUAUUGCAUGUAUUGUGUGGUUGCCAUAUAAAAAAAUAAAAGUUUUAAUUUGACAAAAGAGCAUAAAACAAACAAAAUAAUAGUUCAAACGUAAAAUCGACAGAUAUAUCUGAAGUUGAUCUUGUAAUUUAAGUGUGAAAAGUAAAUGGAUCACUUUAUGAGUGGGAAAUAUAUUUGGGGGGAUUUUAUUUACAUUUUCACUGUGAUUACUCAUAAAUAUUAAAAAAUUCAAAUCAAUGGUGUCCUGCAUUAUUGAUCUUUUAGGGCUCUAAUUACUAAAUACUGCAUAUUUCAGUUUUACUAUAAAAAACAAAGUUGUCUUUGACAGAAAAGGCAACUUUUUGGUUGAUUCAGGUUGAUAUCUCUGUAUCAACCUGAAGUUGAUACAGAGAUAUACUAUAAAAAAUAAUAAUAAUAAUUUGACUUAUUUUUAACAUUUUAAUGACUGAGACCCUUGACCCUUGAUUGGUCCCCGGGAGCCCUAAAGGUUAAAAAAAAAAAAAAUCUAUAUAUUUUGUUAUGGUUUGAAAAUGAAAAAUAUCGAAAAUGGCCCCUGUAUGCUUAAAUUUUUCCGUGUGUGGCCCUCAGUGGAAAAAGUUUGGACACCCCUGUGUUAUAGGUGACAUAGUCUACUAUUUUAGUUAGUACAGGGGUAAUAAAAUGUAAGCAAAAAGACGUAAUGUAAUGAGAAAAAGAUGAAAUGUUGAUACUAAUAACUAAUAAUAAAACACGUUGUCACGUAUAACACAAAUCCGACCCUAACUCUUGUCUUAAAAUAUAAAAAAUGUCUGUUUUGAUCUUCUCUUUUUUUUUUUUUUUUUUACAAAAUAAAAGUAUUUUAAAAUGGCCGCCACAUACUUUGACUUUUCAGUAUGCGAUCUCGGUGGAAAAAGUUUUAACACGUUUGGAUUUAUCAAAAUCACAUUUUUGCUCUUUUUUUUUUUUACAUUUUUACUGUUGUUUUUUUAUCCAAAAUCAAGCUGCAGGCUGCACUUUGGACACCCUUGUGUUGAAAUAAUGUGUUUUCUGCAUGGUCCCGUUGUUCUCACGUUUAGAGGAAAUGCCACGUUUCUGUCAAAAACUGAAAGAACCAAUAUUUUUCCUGUGAAAGAUAAAGUUGACUUAUUCUCAGACUUACCAGGGCCACACAAAAACAAAAACCGAUGUGGCAGCCAGAUGUGGCCCCCGGGCCUUGAGUUUGACACCUGUGAUCUACAUAGAUGAAGUCCGCAGCCAAAUAUUUGUUACUUUAUUAAAUAGUUGUAUUAAAACAUGAUUUUACGUAUAAUAGUCACAUUAGUGAGAGUUUAAUUCAAAUCCGAGCCUGUAUUAUCCUUUUCUUGUCACUUGGCAAAAUGCUUUAUUUUGUGCAUGAAAUAUUUUGAAGACACAAAUAAAUAAUAUAAAAA